AUGGAAGCCGUGGAUCUGGUGGUAAUCGGCGCAGGUUGGAGCGGGCUCUCUGCCAUUAAGACCUAUUGCGAAGUCAACCCUACCCACAAUGCACUGCUGCUGGAGGCCGCCGACUCAGUCGGCGGUGUCUGGGCCAAGCAUCGUCUGUACAAGGGUCUCAAAUCGAAUAACAUGCUGGGCACCUACGAAUUCAGUGAUUUCCCAAUGGACGAAGCGACCUUUGGAGUAAAGCCCGGGCAGCAUAUUCCCGGCGAAGUCAUCCAGCACUACCUGGAAGCAUACUCAAAGCGAUUCGGCUUUGCGCAAAAUAUCCGAUUGGAACACCGCGUGGAAAGCGCGCACCACAAUAUCAAUGGAUCGUGGAAGUUGACGGUCUCACAUGGAUCCGAGACAACCAUCCUCGAAGCCAAGAAAAUGAUCGUCGCCACGGGCAUCACCUCCCAGGCUUAUCUUCCUACCUUCGAGGGCGAAGAGUCGUUCAAUGCCCCGAUUUUCCACUGCCGCGAUAUGCUACAGUAUCAGGAUGCGGUGUUGCAGCCCGGAGAGCGUGCCACGGUCUUUGGUGGCACGAAAUCGGGCUGGGAUGCGGCUUAUGCAUGUGCAACGACAGGCAUGAAGGUUGACUGGAUCAUUCGAAAGUCGGGACAUGGCCCUGUUUGGAUGGCGCCUCCCUAUGUGACGCCCCUGAAGAAGUGGCUGGAGAAGCUAGUGACCACUCGCUUUCUGACUUGGUUCAGUCCGUGUAUUUGGGGCCAUGCUGAUGGCUUCUCUGGCAUUCGCAGCUUCUUACAUGGCACUUGGCUUGGCCGAAAGGUCGUGGACACUUUCUGGAGCAUUCUCGGGUCAGAUGUCAUUCAACUGAAUGGCUAUGACAGCCAUUCAGAAAUGAAAAAACUCAAGCCAUGGGUCAGUCCAUUCUGGAUUGCUUCUUCGCUCAGCAUUCUCAACUAUCCCACCGACUUCUUCGAUCUGGUCAGAGACGGCACGAUCACAAUACACGUUGAAGAUCUAGACCGACUCUCCGAUCGAACUGUCCAUCUUUCAUCCGGCAUUGCACUCCCCACCUCUGCACUAAUCUGCUCAACGGGCUGGCGCUGCACUCCGAACCUCAAAUUCCUCCCCGAAGGCAUUGAUCGCGAAUUAGGAUUCCCCUGGAGCGCAGAUCCCCUCCCUGAACGCAUGGUCAAAGCAGCCGAUGAAGAGAUCCUCCGCCGAUUCCCCCGUCUCCAGGACCAACCAUGCCCUAACCCCCAAUUCCGCCCACUGAGCGGCACCUCCGAAGCAGCUGUGCCGCAUCCAUUCCGUCUAGCCAAAUUCAUGGUCCCCCUUUCCCUCGUGAGGGACCGUUCCCUCGCCUUCAUGGGAGUAACCAUGACUAUCAACACGACACUGAUUGCCCAAGCCCAGGCAUUGUGGAUAGCAGCGUAUUUCCGCGGCGAUUUGACGCCAACCGCGCACGAGAGAUGUCCCCCCGCUGUGCGAGCGGCAUCUGAUCUCAAGAUGGAAGAUAGUACUGAUAUCGACCUCGUUUGGGAAACGACUCUGCAUUCCGAGUUCGGGAGGUACCGGUACCCAGCUGGGUUUGGGCGACGGAAUCCCGACUUUGUCUUUGAUGCUAUUCCUUAUGUCGAUUUGAUGUUAAAGGAAUUGGGCCUACCCACACAGCGGAAACGGGGAUUGUUGGCCCGAUGCUUCGAGCCUUACGGCGCUGAAGAUUAUCGCGGAUUGGUGGAUGAAUGGAAGUCCAAGCAGCUUACUCGAUGA